AACAUAUACUUUUAGUAAUUCAUUUUUGUGCUGAAUCGCGUGCGUGACUAGUCAAAAUUCGCUCUGUAUAAAUUACGCAGCUUAUAAAAAUUUGCAUUAGUCUCGUUUCUAAUUCUAACAUGUUUAAGUUUGAUGUUUUUAAUACAGGAGUGUUCGAGCUUGUGUGCCUGUUUAUUUCACUUUCUAUAGUGUCCUGGUAUCUUUAUUACAUCCAUUGUUUCAAUUACUGGAAGAAAAAACAAGUCCCAACACACCCGCCACAAUUUCCGGCCGGAAACAUCCUCAAACCCGUCCUCGGACGAGAGAAUCUUUUCAUCAGUGUUGAAAAUUAUUACAAAGAAUUCAAACGCAAAGGAUACAAACAUGCCGGGCUUUAUUUCCUCAACGGCCCUGUGUACCUGCCUAUUGACCCCGAAAUUGUCAAGUCAAUUCUGACCACGGAUUUCGAUCAUUUUAUCGAUCGUGGGGUUUUCGUUGACGAGCAAAACUUCCCUCUAAGUGCACACCUGUUCUCGAUAAAAGGCUCAAAAUGGAGAAGUCUCCGAACAAAACUCUCUCCGACAUUCUCGUCCGGAAAACUCAAAACCAUGUACGAGAUUUUCAUGAAAAUGACGCAAAAUUUCAUAGAAACACUUGAGCCAAAAGCGGGGAGGAAGGAGGAUAUUAAUAUAAAAUACAUAGCGGCGAACUUUACAGCUGAUAUUAUUUUUUCAACGGCGUUCGGUCUUGAAGGUAACACUUUGCAAUAUCCUGACAGCAAGUUAGGGAACUUGGCAAAAAAUCUGUUUAAUCCCUCGACUUGGAUUGUUAUCAAAUCACUUGCUCUGGAAGGUCUACAAAAUCCUGGAAGCAUCCUACGAGCUUUCAUCAGUAACAAAUCAAUAGAAGAAUUUUUUGUUGAUUUGGUGAAAAAAACUGUCAAACAUAGAGACGAAAAUAAAGUAGUCCGAAAAGAUUUCUUAUCGCUGUUGCUUGAAAUAAGGGACAGAGAAGGGCUGUCAUUUAACGAAAUUGUGGCUCAAUGCUUUCUUUUCUUUUUGGCGGGAUUUGAAACCUCAUCACAGACAAUAAGUUACACAAUCCACUCUCUUGCUUACAAUCAAGACGUACAAGAUAAGCUCCGAAAAGAAAUUGUGGAUAAUUUGGGAAGUGAUUUUACGAAAUACACUUACGACGACGUUUUGAAACUACCAUAUUUAGACAAAGUGUUUAACGAAACCUUGCGGUUAUACCCCGUUUUGGGCUUCCUGAAUCGAAUUUGUGUCAAACCUUACAAGGUCCCAGGAACUGAUGUAGUCCUGGAUGUUGGAACCCCUGUUUUAAUUUCAACCUUGGGGCUUCAACGGGAUCCUGAGUACUUCCCUAAUCCUUUCAAAUUCGAUCCUGAAAGGUUCAGUGAGGAUAAUUCUCAAGUUCCUUUCACAUUUAUGCCUUUUGGAGAAGGGCCACGAUUUUGCAUAGGUAUGCGUUAUGGAAAACUGCAAACCAAACUUGGAAUUGCCUCUCUAGUGUCACAAUUUAGGUUUAAACCAAGCCCGGAAACUCCAGAGUUUAUUGAGUUUGAUAAGUUUUCUAAAUCGUUGGCAAUGUCGCCGGUGAAAGGCAUAACAGUAAAAAUAGAAAAAUUGUAAUACAUUUAAGCAAAUAAAAACAACUUCCAAAA